CCAAAUAGAAAUUAUGCAUCAACCAAUGUUAUAUUUGUAAUUUAGCUCAUUCAUUGUUGGACUGUUUCCUGAUGACACCAAAGCAGAACAUAGAGGUCGACCUACAACUGCUGGCACUAAAAUCAGAAGUCAGGCAAACCUAUUGGUAGAUAAGCUUAUGCAGUGUACACCACACUACAUUCGUUGCAUCAAACCUAAUGAAACAAAGAAAGCACAUGACUGGGAAGGAGACAGAGUGAAACAUCAAGUUGAAUAUCUUGGUUUGAAAGAGAACAUUCGAGUUCGUCGAGCUGGCUUUGCAUACAGAAGACCAUUUGAAAAAUUUUUGAGAAGGUAUGCCGUGUUGACACAAGAAACAUUUCCUGAAUGGAGAGGUCCUGUUGUGCAGGGCAUCCAACAUUUAAUGAAUUCAGUCAACAUGGAACCAGAUCAGUGGCAGCUUGGCAAAUCAAAAGUGUUUGUGAAGAACCCUGAAUCGCUGUUCCUAUUGGAAGAAGUGCGAGAGAGGAAGUAUGAUUUCUAUGCAAGAGUGUUGCAGAAAGCAUGGAGGAGAUUUCAUUCCGAUAUCUUCUUUAAUAAUCUAAAGAAGAAAGCAUCCAAUUUAGUACUGAAUCGGAAAGAGCGUCGACAUGGAACAAUCAAUAGGAAUUUCUUUGGUGAUUAUUUGGGAUUGGAGCAUAACCCAGCUGUUCGAUCUCUUCUUGGCAAAAGGGAGAAAAUUGAAUUUGCUUUAACAGUCAACAAGUAUGAUCGAAGAUUUAAAUGUGCAAAGCGAGAUCUCAUUGUGACUCCACAGUUUGUGUACUUAGUUGGUAGAGAAAAGAUUACAAAAGGGCCACAGAAAGGUCAGGUUGUAGAUGUAGUUAAAAGAAAACUUUCAAUGGAAGAGAUUUCUUCUCUGUCACUCAGUCCAUACCAAGAUGACUUUGUCGUGUUGCACACUGGAGAUUAUGACACUGUGAUGGAGAUGGUCUUCAAGACAGAGUUUCUCAAUGUUUUGUCAUCGCAGUAUCAGCGUCAAACAGACAAAUCAUUGCGGAUCAGCUUUAAUGCAACAGUCCCAUUUCAUGUGAAGAAACAAGGGUUUGGUGGCGGUGGCAAGAAGGCUGUUACUUUCCAGAAGGGAGGACAGUCGGAGUUUGCAACACACAGAACAGCAGGAGGAAAAUUGGUUGUCACUGUAGCAGAUGGACUACCAAACAAUACAACACCAGGACAGACUUUGCCACGACGUGGUUCAGGGUAUGUAGCACUUACCAAAAAGCACAGACCGACAGCUGGCGGUGGGAGGCCUAGACCUAACGUUCAGAGAGGGCCUGUACAGGCACAGGUAGCUGCUACUCAGGAAAGAGGCAGCCUAAAGCGACGUAACACAAUGGAACGUGCUCCCAACAUGCCACGUGGAGGUCAGAAACAAGUAGCAAACAGAAAGAGCAAAGAAUUCAACCCAAGCUUCUUGCAAGUGGCUCAACCUGGGGCAGGAAUGAUGCAUGGACGUAAAGCAGCACCAAACCCUGCUCGGAGUAGACCGCCUCCUCCUCCACCACCAUCACUACCUAAAUGCAAAGCUAUUUACCCGUAUGAGGCUCAGGACACAGAUGAACUCACGUUCAGUGUAGGAGAUAUUAUUGAGAUUGUGAAGAAAGAUGACAGUGGCUGGUGGACUGGUCGUUUUCAUGCCCGAGAAGGCCUGUUUCCUAACAACUACAUUGAACUGAUAUAAGUGAGAGGUAGUGGACAGUUUGGUGACCAAAUGAAAUAUUUUCUCUACCCACGUGAUGUGUGACAUGUUCAUCAUGCAUUAUGACUAUUGACUGUUCUUGCUAAGCAUUUUGGUAGAGUCGUGUUAAUUCGUUUUAUGAAAUAUGUAUCAACUAGCUAAUUUGGUUGCUGUGGUUUGCUAGGACAUAUUAAAUUGUUAGUACUUUCAUUCUAA